AUGGCGCGACUGAACCGCGGGAGAGUGCGCUACGGGCGAUAUCAGUCAUGCUCGCAAAUGACCCUCCUAGCUUCGAUUGGUGUCGUAGCUGGGGAAGAGGAUCUGUGCAUGCUGUGGUGUGUCUGCUGCUUGUAUGAGUGGCGUCGGUAUCAUGAGCUACUUGCCCCGACCACGCUUGAAGGCGUGUUUCCGAACCUCAACUUCUUCGAAGCUAUCGGGGGCUUUGACUUCAAGGAGGUAUUUCGCUUCGAGAAACCGCAUUUCUUGCAGCUUCUACGAAGGCUGGAGCUUCCGGACAGCUCCGAAGUUUCGAGAGGGGGGUAUGGCGUGACGAGGGUGCCAGCGGAUGUUGCCCUCGCCCUGACACUGCUAUGGAGGCUGUCCGCACCGACCACCUUGGUCCGGGAUAGAUCAUUCUUGGGCAUGUCCGAGACGCUGAUUUGCGAGGUGUUCAACCUUACGAUAGAGGCGAUUUACGAGCGUUGGGGGCAUUUGGUGGAGCACUUGCAGGUUGAUGCUAUUCUCCCGAAGAUCGAUACAUUUUGUGAGGCCAUUCACGCCAAGGGGGCACCGCUCCCACGUUGUUGUUUUUUUUUAGAUGGUACUAUUCGUAAGAUUGCUCGACCUGUUCGUUGGCAGCGUAUCUAUUAUAAUGGUUGGAAGUGUGUCCACGCCUUGAAAUACCAGGCGGUUGAUUCGCCGGACGGCAUAAUCAGGCAACUCUGGGGCCCCACGGUAGGGCGUAGGCACGAUGUGACGUUGCUUGGACAGAGUGCACUCUUAAGCUACAAGGUAGCUGGCAUCCUGACGAACUGCCAAUGCUGCUUCUGCCCCAACCAAACGUCGACGUUCUUUGGUGUGCCUCCACCCCCUCUCCGCGCCUACCUUGUUGAAGAGGGUUGA